GAGAAUCCACUUAGAUUCCACAUUGCGAGUCUUCUAAUAUCUCGAAUAGACAUGCGUUGCUAAGACAAAUAUCAGCAGUAUGCUCAAAACCGUCAUUCAGUGAACGUGUAUUCAAGAUUAUCAUAAUUGAGUAUUUAAAUAUUACCAAGUAAAUAUGGGAUUCAAUGAAGAAUGGAGAGUCACUUUUAGUAUCAUCAAUGCGUUAUUUACGCCUGUGCUUAUAAGGGUAAUAUGGGGAAAGGACACACUAUCUCAUCUAGAUUAUCCACGUCCUUUACUUUUAUUUACUUAUUUACUUUGCCUUAUCGCGCUAUCGAUCAAUGUACAUCUAAAUAUGCUCAAUUUUGAACGCACAUUUAAGACGAAUCGUAGAUUAUUUUUAACAAUUUUCUCCUGCUCGAUCUUUAUGUAUUCAUUGUUCUCUACAUUACUUGGGCGAGUAAUUUUAUAUUCAAUGAUAACAAAGUUAUUUCUCAUUGUUGUCAUAGUCUACUUUGUUGUUUCGUCUCUUAUCGUUUUUUUGAUACACAUGGAUUUUCAAAAGAAUCAAAACACGGUGUUUGAUACUGAAAUGACUACCAUCGAAAGGAUACCAGAGUAAUGAGAGAUCUGAUAUCGAUACUAAAUACCUUUGGAGAAUUUAUUAUUAAGUACUUAUUCAACGCUCAAUGCUCAACUACCUCAGAAGAUUUAAAGUAGACUUCUAUCUAAAAUAUCUAGUGAUGCGAGUUAUUUUUAUUACUGUAAAAUGUUGUAUGUUUCAACGAAAAUCUAGUCAAAUAUAUUAAAAAUGUAUAUUAAUAU